GCUGUUCCGCCUUCCUGUUCCACUUUCACAGCCACCCCCCUCCACCCCUCCACCCCCCUCCUCCCUCCUGCGCGUCGCCAACUUCACUUCGCUCCGAGGCGGCGACGCAGCCUCCGCUCCUCUCUCUACAGGGGGGCCAUGAGCAGCGGGCGCGGCUCGUGAGGAGGAGAGAGCGGCGGCGGCAGCGGCGGCAGAGCGAGGAGGAGGAGAGUGACGAGGAGGAGGAGGAGGAUGGCGGGCAAGAAGAAGAGGCAGAGCCGGCUGCUGCGCACGCUGGGUCUGGGCCACCACGGCUCGCAGCAGAUCACACACGCCGUGCAGAGCCCGGGGGGGGCCGCCACCCCUCCGCAGUGGCCCCAGGCGCCCAUGCCCCCCCACGAGGAGCUGCAGGCGCUCUUCGCGGAGCUGGUGGACGAGUUGGAUCUCCCCGAGAAGAACCGCGCGGACAUGUUCGCUCUGCCCGACGAGAAGAAGUGGCAACUCUACUGCAGCAAGAAGGAGGAGGAUCCGAACCGCUCGGCCACGAGUUGGCCAGACUACUACAUCGAUAGCAUCAACCAGAUGUCUUCGAUGACCUCGGUGAGUGGCUACAGCCCCGAGGAGCAGGCGGAGCGCGCACAGGUGGUGGAGGGACUCAAGACGGCGCUGCGUACCCAGCCCAUCCGCUUCGUGACGCGCUUCAUGGAGCUGGACGGCCUCUCGGCGCUGCUGCACUUCCUGGAGCGCAUGGACGAGGACACAGCGUCGGGGCCCGCGCACGCCGCCGCCAUCGGCUGCGUCAAGGCGCUGAUGAACAACGCGCAGGGCCGCGCUCACGUCCUGGCCCACCCCACCGCCGUGGAUGCCAUCGCGCGCAGCCUCGCCGUGGACGCGCCGCGCACCAAGGUGGCCGCGCUCGAGAUCCUGGGCGCGCUCUGCCUCGUGCCGGGAGGCCACCGCAAGGUGCUGCAGGCCAUGGUCAACUUCCAGGAGUUCGCCAGCGAGCGCACGCGAUUCCAGACUCUAAUGAGUGACCUCGCGCGCAACACGGGACGUUACCGCCAGGAACUCGGCCUCAAGACGGCCAUCAUGUCCUUCUUCAACGCCGUGCUCAACGCGGGGCCCGGGAAGGAGAAGCUGGAGUUCCGGCUGCACCUGCGCUAUGAGCUCCUCAUGCUGGGCCUGCAGCCGCUCAUCGACGCGCUGCGCGUGCACGAGAACGCCACUCUCGACAGGCACUUGGACUUCUUCGAGAUGUCGCGGAACGAGGACGAGGCGGAGAUCGCGCGAAGGUUUGAGACGACGCACAUCGACACGCGGAGCGCGGGGCAGAUGUUCGAGGCAAUCCGGAAGAAGCUGAGCUUCACGGACGCGUACCCCCACCUCAUGUCCAUCCUCUUCCACUGCCUGCAGAUGCCCUACAAGAAGGUGGGCACUACGGUGCAGCACUGGCAGCUGCUCGAUCGCUUGGUGCAGCAGAUGGUGCUGCAGGGCCCACGUGGGGAGGACCCGGACAUAGCACCCCUAGACAACUUCAACGUCAAGAACAUCGUGCGCAUGUUGGUGAAUGAAGGCGAAGUGAAGCAGUGGAAAGAGCAAGCGGAGAAGAUGAGGAAAGAGCACGGGGAGGUGCAGGGCCGCCUGGAGCGCAAGGAGCGCGAGUGCGACGCCAAGACGCAGGAGAAGGAGGAGCUGGAGGGACUGCUGGGCCGCAUGAAGGAGCGCCUCGAGCGCGAGAGCCUGGAGCUGGGCCGCGCCCGAGAGCAGGCCGCCGCGCUCGCCGCACAGCUGGCCCGCACGGGAGCGGUGCCCGGUGGCCUGGCCCCCGGCAGCCCCGGGCAGGACGGCUCCCUCGCCUCUUCCGCCCUGGGGGGCCCCGCGGGGCCACCACCGCCCCCCGGCGGGGGGCCACCCCCUCCCCCCCCGCCUCCCCCUCCCCCGGGGGGCCCACCCGGGGCUCCUCCCCUGCCGGGGAUGAGCGGCCAGGGCACCGCCAAGAGGAAGAACCUCCCACAGCCGUCGCAGCCCCUCAAGUCCUUCAACUGGACCAAGCUGCCUGAGAACAAGCUCGGCGACACGGUGUGGAACGAGAUCGAUGACCUCAAAGUCUUCAAGAUCCUGGAUCUGGAGGACCUGGAGAAGACCUUCUCGGCCUACCAGAAGCCUCAGAGGGAUCACGUGGGCUCGACGGAGGACAUCUUGAACGCGAGCCGGAAGGCCAAGGAGCUGAGCGUCAUUGACGGGCGCAGGGCCCAGAACUGCGUCAUCCUCCUUUCUAAGUUGAAGUUGACCAACGAGGAGAUCAAGCGCGCGGUCAUGCAGAUGGACGAGCACGAAGACCUCCCCAAAGACAUGCUGGAGCAGCUGCUGAAAUUCGUGCCGGAGAAGAGUGACGUGGACCUGCUGGAGGAGCACAAGAAUGAGACGGAGCGCAUGGCCCGGGCAGACCGCUUCCUCUUCGACAUGAGCCGAAUCCCCCACUACCAGCAGCGGCUUCAGGCGCUCUACUUCAAGAAGAAGUUUGCGGAGCGCGUGGAGGAGUGCAAACCCAAGGUGGAAGCGGUGCUGGAAGCGUCGCGCGAGGCGCUGAGCUGUGAAAGUCUGCGACAGCUCCUGGAGGUCGUCCUCGCGUUCGGAAACUUCAUGAACAAAGGCCAGCGAGGGAACGCGUUCGGCUUCCGCAUCGGCAGCCUCAACAAGAUCGCCGACACCAAGUCCAGCACUGACAGGAACAUCACCCUGCUGCACUACCUCAUCACAGUGCUGGAGCGACACUUCCGCGGAGUGCUGGCCCUGCGUUCUGACCUCCAACACAUACCGGAUGCCGCCAGGGUCAAUUUUGUGGAGCUGGAAAAGGAAAUAAACAACAUCAAGAAGGAGCUCAAAAGCGUCGAGGACGAGCUGGUGUACCAGCGCGCCAACCCAUCGGGCCAGGGGGAUAGGUUCGUCCCCGUGAUGACGAGCUUCAUCAACGUGGGCAGCUACCGUUUCUCCGAGCUCGAGGAGGCGCUGUGCGACGCCAAGCAGAAGUUCAACUGGGCCGUGGGCCACUUUGGGGAGGAUGCGAGCCGCUCGCAGCCCGAGGAGUUUUUCGGGAUCCUGGACACGUUCCUGCAGGCCUUCACUGAGGCCCAACACGAGCUGGAGGACUCGAGGAAGAAGAGGGAGGAGGAGGAGAAGAGGGCGCGCCUCGACGCACAGAUGAAAGAGCAACGCGAGCGGGAGCGGAGCGCGCGCCGUGCGGCCGCGGGCCCCGACGGGGACCAGGGCGAGUUCGACGAACUCGUGUCGGCGCUCCGCUCCGGCGACGUCUUCGACAAGGACCUCCUCAAGGUCAAGAGGCAGCGCAAGCGCGUGGCCAGCGCCGUGCCCGAGGCGGGCCGUGAGCGCAACACCAUGGGCCUCUACUGAGCGCCCGGGGCUAGCCGGGGUGACCCGGGUUCCACCGCCGCCCGGGGCGACCCUGGGGCGUUGGUGGACCGCAUCCGGGUGCCAGGAGUUGAUGCGUACCGCCGACAUCUGGUUACCGGCGACAUCUGUUUACCGGCGACAUCUGGUUACCGGCGUUACGCUGAACUUUGAGAGGUGUGCAACGGGUUUGGUCUUCGGUGCCACGCUCAACAACGGCUCGUUGGCUAGGAGGAGGGGUCCUUAAAGGACUUCGGGGGGGGUGAGGUGGGGGGGGGGAGCUCACAUUGGAGUUAGCACUUCUCACACUCGAGUUACCACUGCUCACACUCGAGUUACCACUGCUCACAUUGGAGUUAACACUGCUCACGUUGAUGUUAACACUGCUCACACUCGAGUUACCACUGCUCACAUUGGAGUUAGCACUGCUCACGUUGAUGUUAACACUGCUCACGUUGAUGUUAACACUGCUCACACUCGAGUUACCACUGCUCACACUCGAGUUACCACUGCUCACAUUGGAGUUAGCACUGCUCACGUUGAUGUUAACACUGCUCACACUCGAGUUACCACUGCUCACACUCGAGUUACCACUGCUCACACUCGUGUUACCACUGCUCACGCUGAUGUUAGCACUGCUCACAUUGGAGUUAGCACUGCUCACGCUGAUGUUACCACUGCUCACGUGUUGACACUGUUAAACCUCAUGUUAACUCUUUGCCACUGCUAACGAUUGUGUUAACCAUUUAUCGUGCAACCACUGCUGCUCGCGAUGACGCAGAAGGGUCAGCGAGGACCACGAUGUCAGACAGGUCAGGUGGUGACCCUGACCCCAUGAAGCCUGACCCCAAGGGGUCUGACCCCGGGUCUCCGUUUGUCCACGCACUGCGUUGAUCUCGGCGUGUCUCACAGUGAACCCAGCCCUGGCCAGGACCACAAGAAGCACUCACUUUCUCAGUAUUUUACACAACGCUGCAAGUCUGGCUUAGCAUAGGGAAUAUUGGCACAAGGCACUACCACUAGAGUACAAGGUAUGUCUAUCCAAGGUGUCAAAAUGUAAAUGUGUACAAGUCCUGGUGUGCACUCGACUCUUGUACAUACCGGUGCUGACGUAUGGCACACCGUGGUAUACAGGGCCACCUUCACUGUUUGAAUGUCCAUGAUCUACGCGAGUCUACUCUAGAUACUCCUGUGGGGACCGGUUUAUGACGAACUCUGUACGUGGCGAGGUGGAGGAUGUGGCUGGUGCCGGAAUCUCCCCCAGAGCCGCGUGUCCCGGACUCGUCCGCCUGACACGGAGCCCUGACCCUGGCGUUGUCGCGGCUACCACAGCGUGCGCGGCUGUCGAGUGUGCAGGCGGGGCAACUACUCCGUGCAUUGGACAGCAGGGGAGGGGAAGCCCUUUUAAUCCCUUCACCCUGACCCGUCCCAAGCACUAGCCCUAACCCUGACACUGACCCUGUCACAUUACAAUCACUAACCCUACCCCAGACCUUGAUAUAUCCCAAACACUACCCCUGACCUUGAACUUGACCCCUGACUUCGUGACUUUCAAGGAGACGGACAAUCGUGGUGCGGCGUGACAGCCUCUCUCUCGUCACUCAUUCCCCGCGGUAUAUUCUUUCCCCGUCUCUCUCUUUUCAUCUCCCACUCGGGGUGGGAUGAAUUCGUGCAUCGUAUACGGAUGGACAGACAUCGCCGCCUCUGCAUGUAUCGUGGAGAUCAAGAAUGUACGUGAAUCGGA